GCUUGUUUGUGGCAACAAACAGUGCCCACAAGGGAUACACACACGCUGUUGAGCAGAGACUGAGUCACGUCCAACCGCGACCAAAACAAAGGCAGACAACAAAGACAAUGAAUAAGUUACCAGGUGCCAAUUUGGAAUUUGUACGCGAGGACGAUUUUGUUGAGUACUACAUUUUUCCCAAACUAACUGACGGUGUCGAGCACGAUGAGGAGCAAGUGCGUCAGCAGUUGGAGCAAGUGCGUGCUGAAUGCAUGUCCAUUGUGGAAAAGAAAGUCGCCGAGCGCAGCUAUAUUUGGCACAAGGAUGAAUUUCAGCUGUUAGCACGCACGGGCAGUGCCGAGGAACGCCUGCUCAACGAGGAAGACAACAAGGAGGAGGAGGAAGAGCAUGCGGGCAAGUACAUACUAUUUAUGCGCCUAUAUUUAGCUAUAGCAAUUGGGCUCAUUUUAGGUAUGCUGCCGCCCCAUUUACAUGGCGUCACGCAUUACGGCGACAACAUUGGCGACGAGUGGUUCAUUGUUUAUCUCUUGAGCGAGCUCACCCGCUCUCGUCCGGAUUGCAUAGCGCGCGUCUGCGAUGCUGACGGCGAAUUUCUGCUUAUCGAGGCCGCCGAUGCUCUGCCCGACUGGGCCAGCCCGGAGACGUGCGAGCAACGUGUCUAUAUUGUGAAUGGUGGGCUUCAGCUAUUGCAGAACUCGACCAACACUAGCCAAAACAAUCCGCUGUCCAUGGCUUCUGCUGUACAGCGUAUACGCUUGAAUCCCACGCUAUACCGCUGUUCGCGCGAUAUACAGAACUGCAUUGAGGCUCGUCUGCACGAAUUUCAACCGGCACAGCCGCAUGUAUCCAUUCAUCGCCAAAUCGUGGAGUUGCCACAAAACGCGGCACAGCUUCUCAAACAGCGACCGAGUCUGGUGGCGUCGGCUGUGCGCGCCUUCUGCGAACGCGACACUUUGGACACGAAGGCGCUGCGCACCAUGCGAUAUUUUCCGCCAGAAUCGCCACGCAAACGCACAAAUGUGGCCUUCACAAGAUGUUUGUAUGCCAUGAUAAUGCAUAGCCAAUAUACACCAGAGCGCCGACUGGGCUGGCAAUUGACGGAUGCCGUGGCCAAUCCUGAGUGCUAUAAAGAACAGCUACUUGGAGUGAAGCUAGUCAGCGGCUUAGAAAUACUGGCUAGCCAGGCGAAGCGUGCUGGCGAGCAGCUGGACGAGCAAUCGCCCGCCUGGCGAUCGUAUUUGCGCAGCUUGCAAGGCAAGGGUUACUUUCGGGACAACAUUGAUGGCAGUGCGGAGCAUGAGCGCCUACUAACCACGGCCAAGGAGUACUUUAAGUGCAACCAGAAGCGCUUUCGCACUGCACCGCUGGUUGGCGCCGAAAUAGUUAAUUUGCUAUUGCACCCUGGCGACGGUAGCGGCUCUGAGAAGCUGCGUGACGAGGAGAACAAUCUAUUGCCCAGCGAUGCAGAUGACUGGCUGAAUAUUAGCGCCGAGGAUCUGGAUGCCAUGCUGCAGCAGCGCUACGGCCCCCAGAAGCUGUAUAAUCCCAAUGGUGACAUGAAUGCAGCAGAAUUUACCAAGCAGCUGUCUCAAUUCUUAGACAGACAGUCCAAUUUCGAAGGUAUCGAAGCACCGGGAGAGGCAGGCGAUGAACUGGACUCAGACGAUGACGAGCCACCGCCGCCGCCGCCAACUAGUGCAACUAGCAGCAAUGCCAAGGUCAAAAAGAACGCUUCAAUGCGCAAGGCAUGCAAGCGCAACUCCUUGAUACAAUCCGACGAGCAGGACAGCACACAUGUGCGCAAUUUUCUUGACUUUGUGAUACCAGAGGACAACUGGGAUUCAAAUUCCGAGAUGAGCGACUAUGCGGACGAGGAGGAUCUUCAGCGCAACUUCGAUGCUCUAUCUAAUGCCAGCGGUGGCGGCGAUGAUAACUACCGUUUGGAUCGCAACAUUAAAGCGUACAUGGAGCAAAUGGAUCGUGAGCUGGCUCAAACGACCGUGGGCAAGUCUUUUCAUGGAAAGAGCAGCACAAGCACCAGCACGUCGCAACACAACGCUGCCGAGGAUGAUUUCGAUGACAUCGAGGACUUUGAGCCAAUUAAUAUAAAUGUUAACACGCUGCGAAACAUGAUGGACAGCUAUAAAUCCCAAAUGGGAGGCGCAGGACCCGUAUCCAAUUUAUUUACCGCCAUGGGCGUAGGCAUGUCGGCUGCGGCAACAGAUGAGAAACCCAAGGAUUUGUCAGAAUCAGCUGUUUAGGGCACAAACAGGAACGCAUCAUUUAGCAUUUAAGAUUACAAUCGCAUUAUGGGCUUAACAUUCAAAUCGAAAUAUACAUCUAUAUACAUGUA